CAAUGAGACGGAGUGUCUUGGUGGUGUUGGGCUUGGUCGUCGGGUCGGCCCACAGCAGCUGCCUGAGCGGAGGCUGUGGCGGAGGAUCCUCUGGUGGCGUCAGCAGCUCCUACGGAGGACCCACCAAUAGCUUCGGAGGAGGAGGAGGAUCCUUCGGAGGAGGAUCCUUUGGUGGUGGUUCGUUCGGAGGAUCUGGAGGUAGCGGUGGAGGAAUAAGUACCAGUUAUGUAGGACCUACGAAUAACUUCGGUGGAGGAGGAGGUGGCGGUGGAUCCUUCGGAGGAGGAUCUUUCGGAGGUGGUGGCGGAUCCUUCGUGGGGGGUCCUCUGGAGGAGUAGGUACAAGUUACAGUGGACCAAGUAAUAACUUCGGAGGAGGAGGUGGCUCCUUCGGGGGAGGAUCCUUCGGUG